UGUCCGAGUGUCCUGUAGCCGCGUCCAGCAUGCACUGCAGCCCUCUUAUAAACAUACGCGCAGUCUGCGGUACUUGUGCCCGCUGAGCUGCGCCGCUUUGAGGCGCACUUCAUCCCCACGGGGCUAAUCUAAUCUGAAGAGUGGGGAAAGUGCUGGAGGUUCAUCAUGGAGCUGGUCUCGGUUUGCGGCCCGGGAUCCUCUAAAGGAAAAGAUGAGUCUGACAGAGAAGAGGAGGAGGAGUCUGAUAGGGGGGGAGAAGAAGAGGAGUCGUCUGACAGAGGAGAAGAAGAAGAUGAGUCUGACAGGGGAGGAGAGGAAUAUGGUGAGCCACUGUGUAUGGAUCCAUUAGAAAAGGAAGAAAAAAGUGAAGAUGGAUCAAAACCUGACUGCUAUCAGGAGGCUGACAAGUCCUGCCCAACAAAAGCGAGUGGAGAAAAAUCACACAGAUGUGACGUGUGUGGAAAGACUUUUGCGCGGAUAGGUCAUUUUAAAACGCAUAAGCUGAUCCACACGGGAGUUAAACAGUUCAUAUGUGAGCUGUGUGGUAAGUCUUUCACUCGGAUGGGUCAGUUAAAAGCCCAUCAGGUGAUCCACACUGGAAUUAAAUUGUUCAGUUGUGACCUCUGUGAGAAGUCUUUUUAUCGAAUGGACAAUUUAAAAGCACAUCGACUCCUCCACAGUGGACUUAAACCAUACAAGUGUGAUGAGUGUGGGAAGAAUUUUCCCACCACGAAACAUCUCAGAACCCACAAAUACAUCCACACGGAAGUUAGGCCAUUUAGCUGUGAUCAGUGUGGAAAGGCUUUUAAAUUUAUGGGGGAGCUAAAAAGACAUCAUCUCAUCCACACUGGGGUUAAAGCAUUCAUCUGUGAUCAGUGUGGGAAGGCGUUUACUCGGAUGGGUGAGUUAAAAGCCCAUAAACUGAUUCACACUGGAGUUAAACUCUUCAGGUGUGACUUGUGUGGGAAGUCUUUUAUUCGGUUGGAUCACUUAAAAACACAUCAGCUUAUCCACACUGGAGUUAAGCUGUUCAGUUGUGACUUGUGUGGGAAGUCUUUUACACGAAUGGACAAUUUAAAGACACAUCAGCUCACCCACAGUGGACUUAAGCCCUACAGGUGUGAUCAGUGUGGGAAGGAUUUCACUUGUAAGGGAAAUCUGGUUACCCAUCAGCGCACCCACUCUGGAAGUAAACCAUACAACUGUGACUUUUGUGGAAAAGCUUUCAGUCUGCAGAAGACUCUGAGAACACACCAACGCAUGCACACCGGAGAGGAUGUUUACUGCUGUGAGCAGUGUGGGAAACCAUUUGUGCAGUACUCUCACUUAAAAGCUCAUGAAAUUACACACACUGAAGAUAGACCACACCGCUGUGACGAGUGUGGGAAAGCCUACAGACGUAUUAGUGAUCUGAGAGUCCAUCAGAGAAACCACACUGGGGAGAGACCAUACAAGUGUGACCAGUGUGAAAAGACUUUUAAGUCUUCAGAUGUCCUAAAACGGCACCAACAGAUCCACACCAGGGAGAGACCAUUUGAGUGCAGUCAGUGUGAGACCCAGGGCGGUGCAGAUGGAGCCAACACUCAGCCCUGUCAGCACUAUACCAUUGUUAAACCAUAUCAGUGUGACCAGUGUGGAAAAUCAUUCAGCAGUCAAAGAACCCUACAAAGACACCAACGGAUGCACACUGGACACAAACUGAACUACUGCAAAGAAUGUGGCAGAGGUUUUCCUACACCAAGCGCAUUAAAACGCCAUGAAGUGCUCCACAGUGGGGCUAAAAAGCACGUCUGUGACCAGUGUGGGACAUCAUUCUCCUCUGUGAAAAACCUAAGACAACAUAAACUAGCCCACGCUGAGGAAGCCAUUCAUAUCCAGACGCUGGGAGAAAAGCUUCUCGUCUUCACGUCGUCGUACACAUCAUGAACGUGGCUACAGACACCUGUGAUCACAGUCUGGGACGAGUUUCACAAUCACAAAUAAACUGUAUCACUGCGAGCAGCAAUAUUCACUUCUUCUCUAUGCAAACUUCAGUGUGACCAUGCAGAGCAGAAGAUCAUUUCAAAUCAUUCAUGAGAACACAGGACGACUCACAGUGCAGCUGAAAUGACAGGAAGACUGUGUUCUGGAUUCAGAGUCAGUCUAAAAAAGCAGAAUUCAGAUUUCAUCUUCAUAUGUCUUUGAUUUCUCUGCAGUCUGAUGAAGUAGCUUCUGGAGUGCUACAGUGAGACUGUUCAUUAGAUCAGUCUCUUUUAUUUUGUUUGAUAUUUUGUAGCAAGAUAUUUAAUCAGCUUUACUAUGAAAGUGGACCUAUUAUACUUCUUAUUUUCUGUCCUGUAUAUUCCAGCAGUGGGUACUCGCAGUAAACAUGGCCAAAGUUUCAGGUCAGCAUAUAUACAAGUAAUCCCUGUGAGCCAAACGCUUUAAGCACACUGCUUUAAACACUCAGUUUAGUUUUAUCUACUCUCAAACCUUCUGUUUGAGAAUGGCAGACAAUCAGAAGAAAGCUGGCUUAAAGGGGAAGGAGUGAAGGAAUGAAGGGGCUGCACCAAGGCCAAGAAGUGUUAAUAACACUGAAUAUAAUUGUAUUUGUAAAUGUGGAUUAUGCACCGCUGCUCUGCUAAAUUGUGAGGAUAAAAACGAGGCACUGAGCAGAACAGGAGAACCUGCUGUAAUGAAACAUAACUGAACUAAAACAUGCACUUUGCAUUGACUGAUGGAUACAUUGAAUGAAGAGUGUUUAAAAUCUGAAUGUACUUAAGAGCAGAAACACCAUAAAAUUUAAAUGGCACUCAAAUAAUUGAAUAGAAAUCAAUAAGCGAAUGCUAUGAUGCCAAAGAUGGCAGUUCUCCCAUUGGACCAUCGUAAUGACACGUUAUUGUUUGUUGUUGAGGGUUGAGUAUCAGUUUUUAAUAGUCAGAAUUCAGUAAAUACAUGCUGGAAAACAUGGCAGGCGUGUUAAAUUUACAGUUGAUGAAGUCCAGUGUGAGUGACCAAUCAGUUAGCUUCAGGACAAUAAGCCGUUUCAUUAUGAGCUUUCUAUGAGAACUAGAAAUACGAAGAAACUAUGGAAAUACUACAGUUUGUGUAUAUUUUAUGUGUCUCAAGGAAGCUUUUUGAUUUACAACAGACAUCUGUUGGGGAUAAAUAGCUUAUGUUACUGUCAGUUGUCAUUGCUGCUAAAUUUAUAUGUUGUAACUAUUUAAAUGUUGGUCAGAUCAGUGCGGUGUUCUUCACUUUGAGAGGGGUUGAUUUCUCAUGUCUUUGUAACAAUAUAGAUGAUGUAGUGAGGAAGUGGGAGGUGUAACAGUGUUGUUACAUGUAGUAAUGAGCUCACAUUUGUUUUUGUUUUUUUGGAAACAAAUCUUUAAGAAAAAAAUGAUGCUUUGUCUUACUGAGCCAUCAGCAGAGGACGGGUCACCUUUUUGGCUUUUUAGCUGGAGACUGGGAGGGCUGAAGGUUCAUUUAACUAUGAAGGAAGUAAACAAAACUACAAAUAAAUGUAAUUGUAUGUCAUAAUGCACUAACUCCUUCCGGUCUCCAUCUAAAACAAAGAAACAUAUAAUGCUGGGUUCAGACAUGGCAGCAGGAUCAUGAUCCGAUGUGGAUGAUGGAGGGCGUCAAUUAGAGUUGAGACCAAAAAUUUUAUUUUACAGGUCUGUUGAUGAUUUUAUCUGACGUAGCAAGUGUCGUAAAGGAGAGAAAUAAAUGCUGCAUCUGGGACUCUUCACAGCAUCCCAACACAGAGAUGAGUUUGUUGGGUUUUGUUAUUGCACAGUGGUUCCCUGAUCAGUACAGAACUCUCAUCUAGCUGUCGAGCUUUUUAUUUCUGCUGCUCAGCUGCUGUGAACAUGGUCAAACUAAACUUUAAAAUGGAGCAGGCAAGCAGUGCCGCAUGCUGAUUCAGUUGACAUAAAGAGGAGAUUUUGGAGCUUCUUUCAGGUCAGGAAGAUGAAGGCUAUUAUUUGCCACU